UAGUAGUGGUUAUCGGUCUCUUUAUCAUGAGUAUGUGUAUAUGUGUAGCGCUGUCUCACGCUCAAGAUGAUUUCUCUUUAACUGGUUUCGAUAACCCAAGAACAACUGUGGUGAUUAUCAAUGAUCUUGAAGGUUCUCUGCCAUUGCGAUAUCAUUGUAAAUCAAAAGACGAUGAUCUUGGAGACCGAACUAUGGCACCAAGAGGAUCGUGGUUCUUUGAAUUUAAACCUAGUAUUUUCGGUAAUACUAAAUUCUAUUGCAGUUUCAGCUGGGAAAACGAGUUGCAUUAUUUGGAUAUUUACAAACAGGAUAGAGACAGAUUGUUUGCAGAGUUUGGGUGUAGAAGAUGUGAGUGGAAGAUACACAAGAACGGGGCUUGUAAACUUAACAAAGACAAUGGAAUGUUUGAUGUUUGUCUUCCUUGGAAUUAA